AAAAACGCCCCAGCUCCAUGGGCUCUCCCACUCCCUCCCUGGGGUAUCGAGGCUGCUCGGGAGGUGAUCGGUGGGGCGCCAGCCCAGUCGGCGUUGCAGAGCGUGGUGGUCGGUCGUCGCGCUGCCUGAGCUUGUGGAGUCUGUUGUCGGUCCGGAUGGCCAGAGCAAUUAGGGCGUCCAGGCUUGUCGGCAGGUCCAGCGGCACCAGCUGCUCCUGGAUCGGUUUCGCCAGCCCCUUCAGGAAGAUGUCGUAGAGCGCCGUCGCGUUAUAAAAGGUGUGUUGCUGUUCUCGCUGUCGGGAUGCUUUACCGGCAGGCCGAAGAGGAGGCUGCUGACCUGAGGAGGAGGAUCAGGGAAAGAAGAGCCAGAUUGCAGAGGAGGGAGAGGAGGCUUGCCCUUCUAGCAUAUCUUGUGAACAAGAAGAAACAACCAAUGCAGAGAUAUGCACAGAUGAAUAUAAAUGUGCCAAUCAUCAGCAUGUUUAUGUCUGGUGCAGACACAAAGCCGGCCCUGAGACUAUCCAGGGACAGCUUGGAUAUAUUUUUUCAAAUGCUGCCCCAUAACAAGUCCCAUGGCUGGAGUCACGAGGUUGAGGUGCUGGUGACUGUAUACUGGCUUGCUUGUGGAGCUUCCUACAGGGUGACAGCGGAUAUUUUCGAUAUGCCUCUGUCAACCAUUUGCAGGAUCGUCCACAAGACUGUAGACAACAUGAUGACGAUCAUUCACCAGGUCAUCCAUUUCCCCAAACAUGAGGAACUGGAGGUGGUGGGGUCUGGCUUUGCCCGUCUGGCUGAUCAUGAGGCAUUUGGUCGGGCUGUUGGAGCCAUUGAUGGGUGCCACAUCCGUGUUCUUCCCCCUAAAGACCCACAGAAGAGGUGUUACAUGAACAGAAAACUCUUCCCAUCAGUUAUUUUGCAAGGUGUCUGUGAUGCUGGGGUCAAGUUCCUAGAUGUCUACAUAGGGAAUCCAGGAUUGGUCCAUGACUCGAUGGUUCUCCGCAGAUCCCCCAUGUUCCGACAGGCCCUGUAUCCACCAGCUGGAUACUUUCUGCUGGGAGAUGGAGGGUACCCGUGUCUGCAGCAUCCGGUGGCUAUCAUGACACCGUACCGCCAGCCCGUAGCCACCAGAGUGGAAUCCAGAUUUAAUCACCACCAUGCCAAGGCCCGCAUUAUAAUCGAACGCACCUUUGGGAUGCUCAAGACCCGCUGGCGCAUUAUCUUUCUGCAAGCUCUUGAAGUCCGACCUCUCUUCACACCGAAAGUGAUCGGUGCCUGCUGCAUCCUCCAUAACAUCUGCAUGGGUGUAGGAGACAUCGUAGAGGAGGAGGAGGAGGACGAUGAUGGCAGUGAGGACGGGGGCAACAGUGAGGAUGAAGCCCCUGGUGAGGACCUGUCAGGAAAUGGCACCAGGCAAAGGAUUGCCGCACAGGUUUCCUCACCCACUGAGUUGCCACAUUUCUUACAUGAACAUGAUUAUAAUUGA